AUCGAGUGCGGCCUGUAGGAGAUGGGAGUUGGUGGGACUCGCGUCGACGGCUGACACACCACUGACUUCUUCCUCCUCCGACACCGUAACACAGCUUCAGCUUUUCCACGCAAAUUUCGUCUGUGGAAAAGGACACACAGGGCUGAGAGCUCGGGGCAAAAAUGGCCGAGGAGGAGAACAACACCAACACCAACAAUGAAGAUCAAUCCAUGUCGGACAACAAUAAAAUCAAGCUGAGAGGCAGAAAGGGCGCCCUCAAGAAGAAGAACAUCUUUGUGGUCAAAGACCACAAGUUCAUCCCCAGGUUCUUCAAGCAGCCCACGUUCUGCAGCCACUGCAAGGACUUCAUCUGGGGCUUCGGAAAACAAGGAUACCAAUGCCAAGUGUGCAGUUUCACGGUGCACAAAAGAUGUCACGAGUACGUCUCCUUCACCUGCCCUGGAGCUGACAAGGGUUGCGACUCAGACUCCCCAGAAAUAAAGAAACACAAAUGGAUCGAUUACACAUAUUUCUCGCCCACUUUCUGCGAUCACUGUGGCUCAAUGCUGCACGGCAUAACUCAUCAAGGCCUCAAGUGCGAAGCAUGCGACAUGAAUGUGCACAAGAGGUGCGAAGAGAGUGUGCCAAAUCUGUGUGGCUGCGACCACACCGAGCGUCGAGGUCGUAUCGAGAUUUCCAUCACGUGCGCCGGAAACAAACUCACCACCGAAAUCAAGCAGGGUAAGAAUCUGAUUCCCAUGGAUCCCAACGGCCUGUCAGAUCCAUACGUCAAGCUGAAGUUGAUGCCAGACAAUGACAGAAUCAAACUCAAAACCAAGACCAUCAAGUCAAAUCUCAACCCGGUGUGGAACGAAACCCUAGUCUUUGAUCUGAAGCCAGAAGACAAAGAUCGGCGGCUGCUGAUUGAGGUGUGGGAUUGGGACAGGACAUCCCGAAACGACUUCAUGGGUUCCUUGUCCUUCGGCAUCUCUGAGCUCAUCAAGGCGCCUGUAAUUGGUUGGUUCAAACUGCUGACCCAAGAGGAGGGAGAAUUCUACAAUGUGCCAGUUCCGGAAGAGGGCACUGACCUCGCAGCCCUCAAGAGCCAAAUGAAGCCAGGAUUCUCUGUACAAAAAUCUUCGAUCACCAAGAAACCCACCAUGAUGGCAGACAAGGAGGUGCCUCACAACAUGGGCAAGAAGGACAUGAUCAGAUCAACAGAUUUCAACUUCCUCAUGGUGCUCGGCAAAGGAAGCUUCGGAAAGGUCAUGCUCGCCGAAAGGAAGGGAACGGACGAGCUUUACGCCAUCAAGAUUUUGAAAAAGGACAUCAUUAUUCAAGACGAUGACGUUGAGUGCACCAUGGUUGAGAAGAGAGUGCUGGCACUUUCCAACAAACCGCCCUUCCUGGUGCAAUUGCAUUCCUGCUUCCAAACUAUGGAUCGCCUUUAUUUUGUCAUGGAGUAUGUGAACGGUGGUGAUCUCAUGUUCCAAAUUCAGCAGUGUGGAAAAUUCAAGGAGCCAGUCGCUGUGUUUUAUUCAGCAGAAAUUGCCAUUGGCCUGUUCUACCUCCACACCCGUGGUAUUGUUUACCGAGAUUUGAAGCUGGACAACGUUCUGCUGGACCAAGAUGGCCAUAUCAAAAUUGCUGACUUUGGCAUGUGCAAGGAGGGCAUCGCCGGUGACAAGACGACGAAGACCUUCUGCGGCACCCCCGACUACAUUGCCCCUGAGAUCAUUCUGUACCAACCCUAUGGCAAGAGUGUGGACUGGUGGGCCUACGGAGUGCUGCUGUACGAAAUGCUGGUCGGCCAGCCACCCUUUGACGGGGAAGACGAAGAGGAGCUUUUUGCUGCCAUCACGGACCACAACGUUUCCUACCCCAAGUCACUCAGCAAGGAGGCGAAGGAACUGUGCAAAGGGUUCCUGACCAAAAACCCGAUCAAGCGUCUCGGCUGCAGCUCCAGUGGCGAAGAGGACGUCCGAGGCCAUGCCUUCUUCAGGCGCAUUGACUGGGAGAAGAUCGAGAAUAGGGAAGUUCAACCUCCAUUCAAACCCAAGAUUAAACAUCGCAAGGACGUCAGCAACUUUGACAAGCAGUUCACUUCGGAAAAGACAGAUCUGACACCAACGGACAAGCUGUUCAUGAUGAACCUGGACCAGACCGAGUUCAUGGGAUUCUCCUUCCUGAAUCCCGAGUUCGUUCAGCACAUCUAAUAACACUAUGCAGCGAGCGCGUCUGUGUCCUCGUCUUCUGGUAUGAGAAAAGCUGCAAUAUUUUCUUGUACUCCCUCUUGCUCUACCUCCCCAGCCUGAGUACAUAAUUAACAAUGUAUUUAAAUGCUAUAUUAUAUAUACAUUUAAUGAAAGAAAGAACAACAACACAGACUCUCAUAAUACACACUCAAUAUUAAGGGACACACACAUCACACACACCGAGUUGUUGAGGUUAACUAUCUCUCGAGUAAAAGACGGAGUUGUCUUUAAUUAGAAACACACUCCUCUUUAGCUAGUUAUGGAAAAGAGUUAAGUGUUCAUCAUUCUAUAUUUGAGAGAGAGAAAAAAAAUAACUAUUCUAACCAAAAUGAAAAGAACCCCAUCUCUUUAUGCAGAAGACAAAAAAAAAGUUAAAAGGCAGGAAUUAUUCUGAUGUAUAUGUGCACCAGAGAGAUAAUUGUAAAAUUAAGCAUUCAAUUAAGAAUAUUUCAAUAUUUCUGACUAACUGAAUGUGAGUCUUAAAAUAUUUGCAUCUAUUAUUGAUGGCAAGGACAAGAGAGAGAUAAUAUAGUGACAAGCGAUGAAUUAAAAUAUAUAAAUCCAAAAAAUACCUUGAUGUGAUUCUGCUCUACUAAAAGGCUAUCGAAGUGAAGAUUUAUAAUCAUAAAAUUCUCUCAAGUUGAGUAGUUUUUUCAAACUGGCAAUAAUAACUAAUGGAAAAAAGAGGGUGGAUAUAUUUCAAGCAAAACUGUAGCUUAGAAUUUCGAAAAGGACCGAGAGAAAAGAAAGAAGAUGCGAAAUCGUUGAAAAAGGGUACCACUUUGCCUCUAUCCCCCAUCCUCUCUCUGAUGUUCAUGUUCAAGAGACUUUUACCAAUUUAGAGGAACUAUAAAAUAUAUAAACUACUUUUGCUCACUGAUAUAAAACUACUUGAUUAUGAUUUCGGGUAGAUGAUUCUUUUUUCGGUUCGCUAUUCUGCACCAAGGAAGGCAUUCGGAAAGGGUAUAUCGAGAGUACGUGGAUUUUUUCAAAAGAGUAAAAUGAUGAAACAAAAAUUACGGAAUGCCUCCUUGAGAACGUGAGAGGAAAAGGACGAGAGGCCAGUAAAAUGUAAUCAAUCUGGCUGUGAAUAUUAUUUCACAAACAAAACACACACGUUUUACAAGGUGUAUUAGUUAGAGCGUCAGAUGAAGUCUCUUCCCUUUCAGUAAUCCUUGAUAUUGUUGCACCAUUAUGGCCUAUCAUGAGUACAUGUGAAAAAAUGAACAAAAUCUCUACUGAUUCCUGGUACCUAACAAAAUUAGGACCAGACCAAGAAUAAUUUGUCUCUCUGCUGAACGGUUUAUAUUCUCAAUCUCGGUAAUUAGGCCUACAAAUAUUCAAAUCUUCAGCGGGUUAAUUUAAAUUUUACCAAUAAAUCAGUAUUCCUUAAAUUCCACAGUCUCAAGUGGUCUUAUAUACGAGUCCUAUCUAUAUAAUUGUUAUUUUGAGUUAGAAUAUAAUUUGCUCGAUUUAAUCGAACUAACAAAAAACUACUUUCCAGCUAAUUGAAUUUAAAAAGAAGUUUAUUCCGAUUUGAUAUAGACGUGUUUUAAAUAAACCUUGACGUCCAUCAAACCUUGCACAAGAUUGAGUCACAGUAUAAAAUCCUUGGCACUGACAAUGAGAGCUUGGUUGAAAAAUUUCAAAUUUGAGAAUUUCAAUUAAUUGGUGUUUUUAAUGUGUCUGAAAGAAUUAAGAAUCGUUUCGAAUACGCAAAGCAGUCGGUGUCCAUUUUCACUACUUUUUGUAAAAUUCAUGUACUUAAAUCGUUAUACUGAAGGCCUGAAUAUUGAGGAAUGAACUGUUUGCUACUUUCUUAUGAAAAAAUAUAAUACCUUGUGCUACUACCGAUGCUAAGUAAGGGGAAAAUGAAUAUUUUAAAGACGGUUGGUUUCGGAACGUUUCUCUGUUAGCGGGCAGGAACUGAGUUGUAGGAUCAGUUUUGAUUCGUGUGAAUUUAGCACGUUGCUUGUGUAAUUUAAAAAAAAAUAUAUAUAUUGUAGUAAAAAAUUUCCAAACGUCUUUCAUGAGAUAUGUGUAAACAUAAUUCAAGACAAUUAAAUUAAUACUCCACACACAAACACA